GCCAGUUGGGCGAUACCAUCUUCAGCAGGGGUGGUAGUGGAGGGCGAUACCACCUUAAGAUCUGGCGGGUAGCAACGAGUUGCGACUUGGGAAGAGUGCCGGGGCUUGCCGUAGGAUUUUGGAGGGACUGGGCAGACGUCCGUGGCGGGGUAAAUCUCCCUUGUCAUGAACGGUCCAGUGCGCACUGAGCCGCUGCAUGGUGAGACCCCUUUGCUGGCGCCCAGCGACUCCUACUCGGUGGCGGUUCUGCUGCGCGGCUACGCGGAGCCGCAGGGAGCCGGCGACGCGGUGCGUGCUGAUGGCACUGUGACUCUCGUCCUGCCUCGGGGCUGGGCCUCGGACUCCAGCCGCGGUUGGGCCCCAUCCGCAGACGGCGGAUCUAAGACUGCCCUGGAGGAGGCGGUGCGUGGCCCCAUCCUCGUGGACACCGGGGGACCCUGGGCGCGGGGUGCGCUGCUGGAAGCCCUGGCUACGCAGGGGGUGGCCCCCGGAGACGUGACUCUGGUGGUGGGCACCCACGGACACUCGGAUCAUAUCGGGAACCUAGGGCUGUUUCCCGAGGCAGCUUUGUUAGUCUCCCAUGACUUCUGCCUUCCCGGGGGUCUCUAUCUGCCCCAUGGGCUGUGCGAAACGCAGCCCUUGAUACUGGGCUCCGGACUGCAGGUGUGGGCCACGCCGGGCCACGGAGGACAGCGGGACGUGAGCGUCGUAGUGGAGGGCACCAGCCUGGGCACCGUGGUGGUGGCUGGCGAUGUGUUCGAGAGACUUGGUGACGAGGACUCCUGGCAGGCCCUGAGCGAAGACCCAGUAGCUCAGCAGCGGAGCCGGGCGAGGAUUCUGAGUGUAGCAGAUGUGGUGGUGCCUGGUCACGGAGCCCCCUUUCGAGUGGUCAGGGAAACAGUGAAAAGUUCAGAGGAUUUGAUAUGUGAAGGCAAGGAGGUUGCUUGACUGGACUCCAGUCAGGAACCAGUGUCAGUCGGUCCGGGAGACCUAGAGGACAGUCAGGACAAGCAAUGUUUGUCAUGUGCAGCUUUCUAGGAGGCAGCUUCCGAACAGGACAGAAUGAUUGGCAUCAGUCACCUUUAAUCAUUGCAACCUAAGCAGGACAAAGGACUGGCUCAGAUCCACAUCCUCCAUGAGCCUCGGUAAAA